CUGCAGAAAGCAGACUGAGCAGAGCUCGGUGUGCAUGCUGCUGCUGCUGCUGCUGCAGGGAAACCGUUAGAAAUCGCUGCAUUUCUCUCAGUGGCUGAUGUGAGAGCAGAAGGCCAUGAGCGGACAUCGACAGAGUGAAGUUACCGAGCCAUAAAGCGCGUCGAGUGGUCUGUAUCCGAGGAGAGGAGCUGUGAGGAGCGCAGCUGAGCGGUCCCCUCCAGAACCGGACCAGAUGGUGCCUUCAAAAUGACUCGGACGCUCCUCAUCCGCGCUUACUUCGUUAUGACUUUAAUCCGCUGUAGCAUAUCUGCUGACUCAGAGGAACGUUUGAUGAACUGGCUGCUAGGAACGGAUCGCUACAAUCCACUCAUUCGACCGGCCGUCAACAGGACUGAGAGAGUUACAGUAAAGCUUCAAGUGUCCCUUGCACAACUUAUCAGUGUGAAUGAAAGAGAACAGAUCAUGACCACAAAUGUCUGGCUAACUCAGCACUGGGUUGAUUACAGAUUAUCAUGGGACCCUGCAAAAUAUGAAGGUAUUGACAAGCUGCGUAUUCCCUCCCGACAUGUUUGGCUUCCUGAUAUUGUCCUGUACAACAAUGCCGAUGGAACCUAUGAGGUCACUGUCUUCACUAAUGUCAUUGUCCUUUUCAAUGGUACCAUCAACUGGCUUCCUCCAGCCAUCUAUAAAAGUGCCUGUAAGAUUGAAGUCAAGCAUUUCCCCUUUGACCAGCAGAACUGCACCCUUAAGUUUCGCUCCUGGACCUACGACCACACAGAAAUUGACCUGAUCUUAAAGUCUGAGGCUGCUAGUAUGGAUGACUUUACACCAAGUGGAGAAUGGGACAUCCUGGCAUUACCAGGCAGACGAAAUGUGGACCCUCUGGAUCCUACUUAUGUGGACCUAACAUAUGACUUUAUCAUCAAAAGGAAGCCUCUGUUUUACACCAUAAACCUCAUCAUCCCAUGCAUUCUGAUCACCUCGUUGGCCAUUCUGGUCUUCUAUUUGCCUUCGGACUGUGGGGAGAAGAUGACACUUUGCAUUUCUGUCCUCUUGGCUCUCACUGUGUUCCUUCUUUUAAUCUCAAAGAUUGUUCCUCCUACAUCACUAGAUGUACCCCUAAUUGGCAAGUACCUGAUGUUCACCAUGGUGCUAGUGACCUUCUCCAUUAUUACCAGUGUGUGUGUCCUUAAUGUGCAUCAUCGCUCUCCAAGCACCCAUACAAUGCCUGCCUGGGUCAAGCUGAUAUUCCUUGUGAAACUACCUGCUAUGCUCUUCAUGAAACGUCCUCAGCACUUCUCCGCCAGUCAGAAACUUCGGCGGAAGCGUAGCCUAAGGGCCAGGGGCGCUAUUACGGGUUACCCAGUUGCCCCCCAAAAAGGAUUCACCUUUUCUACUUCUGCCCUGCUGUCCUCUGACUCUGCCUUCUCCACUCCAGGACACAAAAAUAUAGCCCCUUCGAUGGGACACAGCUACACCAACAGAAUGGAGCCCUUGCGGUCUUCUGAUUACCUUUUCACUGGCUUCAGCUCAACUCAGGACCUCCAGCAGAGAAACAACUCUGACUGGGCUGCUGAUGUACAGGAGGCAGUGAAUGGAGUACGCUUUGUGGCUGAGCACAUGAUGAGCGACGAUGAUGAUCAAAGUGUAAUCGAGGACUGGAAGUAUGUGGCCAUGGUGGUGGAUCGGAUGUUCCUGUGGAUCUUUGUGAUAGUGUGCGUGGUGGGAACCCUGGGCUUGUUUCUGCAGCCUGUCUUCCAGAGUCAGAUCAUUCCCAACCAGCAGCCCAUUAUUUCUACUCCUCGCAUACGAUGAGCAUCAAAAGGCUGAUGUGAAUCCUGGACUUUAUGUAAAGCUCUCAAUCGCUGUAUUACUGAAAAGAACCAGUGAUG